AAUCAAUUGAAAAUCAAAUAGUCAAAAAGAAACAAUUUGUGUUAUUUCCAAGUACAACUGUUUGAAAGGGGAUUUUUGCCGAUCAUACACUUCUCCCUCUCGGCUUUUAUUUCAAAAAUACUGUAAAUUUUAUUCUGUGUGUGUGUAGCGUCACGUUUAUUGGCUUUACCUAAAUCAAAUAGUAAUAAAAAGAAAAUGUCAAGUCCUGUAAUAAAUAACAUCGAAAAUGUGCCUGAUAAAAAUUCCGGGCCAGGAUCGCCGUCAACUGACAAAUCAGCAAGUUUCACUUCUGCAAAAUUGAAAAGGGGUAACACAGUUGAAAGGCCUUCUAGUGAAACUCAUAGUAAUCCGGAUUUAAUAAAGACAAAAGAAAAUAGCAGACCUAAAAGUUGCGGAGAAGAGCUUUUGGUACCAAAAACUCCUUUAUUAGGUAUUCCAAAAUCUAGAGAAUCAACUCCUCAAAACAUAGGCAAUGCCUGGUUUGUAACAAUAGAUGAUAAGAACAGACGAUCCAGAUCAGCAUCCAAAACUUCAGCUAAGGAAUCGGACAUUGACAAGAAGCAUGGUAAAAAUACCACAGGAUCGAAGAAUAGUUCUUCAGGAAUUCCAUUGCCUAAGCGACAAAACACGUUAAGUAAAGUUUCGUCUAAAUCAUCAACCCGUCCACCAUCCAAAUCGAAACUCCAAAGAUCUCCAUCUUCCGAUCUGAAAAAUUCCAAUUCUCCAAACAGAAGAAGUCUCGAGCUACAAUUUUCCCUUAAAAAGAAAAGACUUGAAUGCUUGAAAAAGGAACUGAUCGAUAAACAGAAACCCGUUCUUGAAGUUUAUCAAAAUCUUACCCAACUUAAAAAGAAACUGGAAGAAUCAGGAAAAACCGUUCAUUUAGAAGAGAUGAAGUUCAUAGAUUGCAACGAAGUAAUUCCCAGGGCGAGAACGCCUCUUUCAGCAGGUAAACGCGAAGAAGCACCGACAGAUUUCGAAAAGGACCUCUUGAAAGCCAUGAAGGAAAUCGUCAACGUUAUACCAAAACCAUUAACCGAUAUGUGUAAGAGUCUGAUGACCAAGAGGGUACUUUUGGUCGACAUGAUCGAUAAAUAUUGUAACAACGAAGUGGACUCUGCGGAACUUCAUAAAAAAAUCAAUUUUCUAAAGACGGAAAGCAGCCAGUUAGAACAGAAGAUCGAAAACGCGAAUACAGAGCAAAGUAAACAGAUCGAAGAACUGGUGACUAAAUGGCAGCAAAUGUUGGAAAGUCACGAAGUCAUUAUUCAACCUCCACCUCCUCCUGCCGGUCCACCACCCGAAAGGUUCCAUGAAUUGUACAAGAAAUUUAAGAAACAAGACCACGAAAUUAAGGAAUAUAAACAAAAAGUGGAAGAUCUUCAGAAUGCCCUCAACGAUAGACCAGAAAAAGCGGAUUUGCACAAGGCGGAAGAAAAUAUUCGACAGUUGAACUCUCAACUAAAGGAAUUAGAUGCCCAGUUGAUUAUCGAAAGAAAAAAUUCUGCUUUGGGUUCUGAAGCUGAAAAGCAACUGAAACUUUUAAGGACGCGGGUGAAGGAAUUGGACACAAAGAGGCACGAGGCUGAAACUAAAAUUAUCAAUCUGCAGAAAACAUUAAAACAAAAGGAGGAUAACAUGAAGACUGCAGAGAAAGCGUGGGAAGCUGAGAAACAAGAAUUAAUUAAAAUUAACAACCAGGACAAGCAACUGCUGAACAAACUGACCAAAGACCGAGGAUUUCUAGAAACAAGGGUGAAGACUUUGGCAGAAAUUGUCGACGAGAACGAGAAGUCUGCGAAAGAAACGGAAGAGAAGUGCAGGGAAGAAGUUCGAAGGGCGAAACAACAACUCGAAGAGGAGAAGAUCGCAAGAGAGACGAUGGAGAAGAAGUACGAGUACAUGAGGCAGGAAUUUUUCAAAAUGGAGGUCACCAAUCAACAGGCCAUCGACUUGGUCGUCACCAAAAAGGAGGGGAAUGGAGAAGGUCCCAUAACAACAGAACGAGAAGCUGAAUUAUACACAGAACUGUUAGCAACUCGAGUAGCAUUGAAAGCCGCCGAAGAUAAAGUGAAAAAUUAUGCUCGGGAAAAACUUAGAUUUAUAGACACCAUCGAAAAACUUAGCAGCAAUUCGGAAAAUAAUGUGGAAUCCCUCGCAGCAUCUUUGGUACACAAGGAAGAAGAAAUAACUCUAAUCGAAAAGAAAAUCGAACAGUACGAGGAACUGGUCAGAAAUCAAAAAAUGGAAAUUGCAAAUUUAAACGCGAACGUCGUGAACAUGGAACAACGUUUGGCCUUACUUUCAAACGAUGAACAUUAUCCGACAAAGGAUAUGAAAGAUAGCGAUCUAAACUAUGUUCUUCGAGAGAAUAGACUCAAACUGGACGAAAUGCUUCGAAAAUCGUUGGAUUACGAGCAGAAAAUCAUAAAGUACGAUCACGACUUUGAGAUGCAGCAAAAACAAAUUUACGAAAUGGACAACCUGUUGAAAGUGAGGGAUGGUCUUAUCGGGAUGCUGAAAGCUAAGAAGGACGAGCUUUAUGUCGAAAACGAAAGCCUUACGAAGUAUGCCAACGAAAUACGGGAUGCCCUGAUGGAGACAAAGGAGGAACUGGCGGUUAAGCAAGAGGAGAUUCAGCAGUUGUACGGUCAUCUGGAGCAAAAAAGUAAGAUGUUAAUCAGACAAGACAAGAAAAUUAAAGAUCUUAAAGACACUUUGUCGUCAACAAACGAGAAACGUUACAAAUUGCAAGACACGUUAGGGGCCAUGGAAAAAGAACUCCAAUCGACCAAAGCGCACGUUAGUCGGAUGUCCUCGGAAAUACAAGCACGGUAUGAAAUCGGGACCAAAACUAAAACAUCGCGACCAAAGUUAAAUUCUUCUAAGAAUGGCGAACCUACGAUUCAAAUUAAAGUUGUCGUUAAAUAAUUUGGGAUGAUCAACGCACGUGUCGCCGGGGUGCUGAAUUACAUGACAUCCAAUUAACGUGUAAUGUUUUCAUUAUAGAUGUAUGAUUGUUGUAUUAAAUUAAAUAAAUUCACGUUUUUCUAA